AUUCAGAUUCGCCAUAUCUGUCAGUUGUUCAGUGGUUGUUCCAACAGCAGGGUGCCACAAUGUUUAAACAGUUUGUGGAGAUUUUUCUGUUACUGCAGCUUUUUACCGGCUGUAGUUUUCAACAGUCCCUGCCUACAGACGCAAGUUACGUUGUUGGAGUUGUUGAGUUCAGGCCCGAGCUACUCAACAUGGACAUAGCCGGGAGAACUGCCAAACAUCUGAAGAAGUACAAGAAACUGUUGCGCUCCAAAGAUGCGAAGCUCACUGACAUCGUAGUGUUUCCCGAACUGACCCUCAACACCCUUAUGGAUCCCGUCCCCGUACCGGAUCCAUCAGACUCCAUCAUUCCAUGCGUACCGAACAGCUCCGAACUUAUCUCGCAACUAUCCUGCCUGGCCAUCGAUACCGGCAAGUACAUCGUUAUCAAUCUGUCCGAAUCAUUCGAAUGCGACUCGCUUCCUGUGCACGACCCACGACCCUGUGACCCAAGCGUCCCUCAUCGUUACAACACCAACGUUGUGUUCGAUCGGAACGGUACCGUCAUUGCGAGGUAUCGCAAGACCCACCUCUUCCGGGAACCAGGCACAAGUGUGACCUAUCAACCGGAGGUCGUCACAUUUGAUACCGACUUCGGAGUUCGGUUCGGAGUAGUGACCUGCUUCGAUCUGCUGUUUGCCGAACCUACGCUAGAAUUGGUCAAGUUGGGCGUCCGGGAUUUUGUGUUCCCAGCGAUGUGGGUAUCUGAACCGCCCUUCCUGACUGCUGUGCAGAUCUUCGAAAGCUGGGCCUACGGAAACGACGUCAACUUGAUUGCCGCUGGGACCAACUACGAUCCUUCGGGAAGCACCGGAACCGGAGUUUUCAACGGACGCAACGGGGCCGUAUUCUCUUUCAUAACUGGAGAAUCAACGAGAAAAAUCUUCCCAGUUCGUGUUCCGAAACUUCCGAGCUCCCCUUCAACACCACUUGACAACGAUUCCGAAACAGUAUCAGGUCGAUUCGAAGGGAGCUCCCUGGAUCAAGUCAACAUGGGGAAAGACUUCCCCGAGCGGUUCACAACGGUCCUGAUCAAACCGGAGCAGGCGCUCAAAAUGUUCAACCGAACGGUUUGCAACGGUGACUUCUGCUGCCAGUUCCACAUCGAAUUUGAAACCAUCUACGGGCGAUUCGUCUCUCAUCUCUAUCGGUUAGCGGCUUUCGAUGGCGUUCGCACGUUUCAGGGCUACGCCGAUGCACAUGUAAGCUUUUGUGCCGUUAUCACGUGCCUCGACGAAUCAUUGGCCAGUUGCGGACUUCCGAACCACAAUAGCUCUGGCUAUUUGAAGUUUAACAGGUUAUCCAUCAGCGGUGAUUUCAUAGCCAACGGAACACUGGCCAUGCCCAACAGCUUAGAUAACAAAUUUCAUUCAUUGGAUGCUAAACAUUAUCAGUUCUAUUCAACUGUCGACUAUCCCAAUGACCGACAGCGUGCCGUGCUAACAUUAUCCAGAACGAUGGCGAAUUUGCAGACGUUUGGCAUCUAUGCAUUCAACCAUAGGGAUUUCGAUUACUUCAUCCCGGAUGCGUCCCCACCUCAAGAAGACAGCACUACGACGAGACCUCCAAGUGAGGAUGAUGAUGGAUCUGCAACAGCGGUCAAGGCGUCCGCGUGGAUUUUAGGUUUAGCAGCCCUGGGUAUCGUCAGGUCUACGAUUCUUUAAAAGAAAAAAAGUACACAUUGAUCCACCAUAAAUGUUGUACGUUA